GAAUCCGACCACCAUCCUGCCAACGUUAGAACAAUUUUCACUAUUUUCUAAGACACUCGUGACGAAACGCUUUUCUCGUCUACACACCGACGAAAUUUUCAUGUCGGACUGUACUAUUCAAGCUAGUGUACGAAUUUACCCGGAUUCGGUGCUGAAAAUAAAUUUACCACGCAGCAAUAACGACGAAGGAGUAAACAUUUGGAAACCGUGAAAAAUUUCGAAAAAGUGCACAAAAAUGGCUCAAGGAAUUUCGGAGAGUUAACUUAAUUUUGAAAAAUUUUUAAGACCCUAAUUUUUUUUUUAAUCAGUCGUUCGUCGCUUAGUGCAAGUCUUUAUAUAUAUAUCGUGAUGUUCUUCUUGUUAUAAUAAAAAUUUACUAAUAUUACUUAUUAGUUAACGAGAGUGAUUUAGAUUGAACCCCAAAAAUUAUUUUUCGCAGUAGAAACAACGUAAAAAUUUUGUUCGAUCAUGGCGUCCAAUCCUAGAAUAACAGUUCGAUUAUCAUGUCGCCAAGUACUCAACAUCAUGGUUAUUCUGGGUUUCAUGUUGAAUUACAUGCUUCGUGUUAAUCUAACAAUAGCCAUAGUUGCCAUGGUGAUUCCGAGCAACCAUAGUUCACAUUCCAAUGAGACUGUUGACAGCGGAUGCGUCAACACCAAACUCUCAUCGUCCAUCAUUCCAAUUGACAACAUUACGACAACAGCAGAUAUUAAGGACGAAUCCGUCGAACAGACCAGGUUCCCGUGGAACGAGUAUGAGGUCAACCUGAUUUUGGGUAGCUUCUUCUGGGGCUACAUCUGCACUGAAUUGCCUGGCGGACGACUUGCUGAGGUCGUAGGAGCAAAAAGAGUCUUUGGCUACAGCAUGCUGGUCUCUAGUGCCAUUACUCUUCUGACGCCCUUGUCCAGUACCUUCGGAUACAUGGUCGUGGCUGGUCUAAGGGUAGUUUUGGGAUUUAUGUUGGGCGUCACGUGGCCUGCGAUUCAACCAAUGACUGCACGCUGGAUCCCACCGAUGGAGCGAAGUAAAUUCGUAGCAAAUAUGAUGGCAUCUUCUCUUGGAGCUGCCAUCACAAUGCCCAUUUGCGGCUAUCUCAUUGCCUCUCUUGGAUGGGAAUCCGUAUUUUACGUAACCGGUGCAAUCGGUUUAAUCUGGAGUAUCGGAUGGUUUUGGUUCGUUUACGAUUCGCCAGCCCAGCAUCCAAGGAUAUCGAACGAGGAGCGUCAAUUUAUUGAAAACGCGAUUGGUACCACGUCGACUAACAAACAUCUACCGGUACCAUGGAAAUCAAUUUUGACGUCUGUACCAGUAUGGGCAAUCAUCGUAACACACGGCUGUAGCGUUUUCGGUUACUUCACAGUGGUAAACCAGUUACCAACAUACAUGAAAUACAUACUGAAAUUCAAUAUCAAAGAGAAUGGACUUCUCUCUUCUUUACCAUACCUAGGUAAAUAUCUUUUUGCAAUAGCAACCUCGAGCCUGGCAGAUUAUUUGCUUCGCAAUAAAAAACUGUCGGUCACGGCUAUUCGAAAAAUUUUUACGAUUUUUGCCGUGAUGAGUCCAGGACUCCUGAUGAUCAUCCAAGCCUAUCUUGGCUGCGACAGGAUCACCUCGGUAGUCAUCUUUACUACUGCACUGACAAUCAACGGUGGCGUCACUGCCGGUUAUCUGGGCAAUGGUCUCGACAUAGCACCCAAUUUCUCAGGUACCAUCUUCGGCAUGGCCAAUACCCUGAGCUCUUUGGGCGGAUACCUGAGUAGCUUUAUGGUCGGUACACUCACGUAUGAAAAUCAGACUUACAGUCAGUGGAAAGUAAUAUUUUGGAUUUUGGCCAUCACCUACUGCGGCGGUGCUGUCGUUUUUGGAAUUUUUGGUAGCGGGGAGCUCCAAGCUUGGAAUAAUCCGGAAGGUGAUACUAAGAGGGACGGUAAUGUAGAGAACGGUGACGAUGCCGCGGCAGUGCCACUUAAGGAAAAAAAGAUAAUCCGAUAAGAAAUUUUUUUUGAUCUGUUUUUUAAUUUUGACGAACUAUUCUGCGAUUUGAUACGUUUGCCAAGGGGAGAAAGCAGAUAUUUUCGUUUUAUUUUGAAUGGAUCUGUAUACAUUUUGUUUGCAAUUUAUUCAACAGAUCCACUUUGCAUUUUGUAUGCGACCGGAUUAUGUAAAUAAAUAUACUAUUUUUUAA